UGUGAAACAAAACCUGAAAGAACAGUAGUCCUCGCACGCUUGUCUGUUGCUGUUGCCAGACCAGAAUUUGGGGUCAACCAAUCCCGGAGCGAGUAGUUCAACUGUCAAAAAACUAUCGCUCCUGUCCGAAGCCCCCAAUUCCUCGCUCGCCGCUUUUACAACUUUUCAUUUUCUCCAGAUAGAAAAUUAUCAAAAACAAAAAAAAAAAAACAAAACUUCAACGACCACGGAGAUCGGAGGAAGAUACGUCCCGGAAAUCUAGCAUUCCUUCAAUUAGGCUUCUGCGACGAAUCAGAUCUCGGAAUCUGUCCUAAUUAGAGGUGAUCGAAGUCAGAUUCUGUGUUUGUUUGGUUCCCGAGAAAAAAAGCUUGUUAAGGAAUCGAGCUUUUGCUAGGGGAGAGAUUGAAGAGUAGAGAUCGGGUAUGAUUACGAAUUGAAAGUGUGGGUUUGCUUUGGCGAGGAGAUGAAUGUGAGCAAUGCGUCGGUUCAUCCAGUGGAAGAUGCACCGACCACGGAAGGAGCCAACGCGCCGAGGGUGAGGAUGAAGGACUUGCAGGGCAUGCCGGGCACUCCCGGAGGGCUAGCCUUGCGCAUUAGCCAGUUCGUGUUCGCCGCCGCCGCACUUGCCGUCAUGGCCACCACAAGCGACUUCCCUUCCGUCACUGCCUUCUGCUAUCUUGUAGCAGCUGCUGGUUUGCAAUGUUUGUGGAGCUUUUCAUUAGCCAUUGUUGACAUUUAUGCUCUUUUAGUGAGACGAUCUUUACAGAAUCAUCAAGUUGUCAGCUUGUUCACUGUUGGUGAUGGGAUGACAUCCACUCUUACCUUUGCUGCAGCGUGUGCUUCUGCGGGAAUCACAGUUCUAAUCGACAAUGACCUUGGUAGCUGUGCCCGCAACCACUGUGCGCAAUUCGAAACCGCCACAGCCAUGGCUUUUAUAACGUGGUUCACUUCAUUACCAUCUUUUCUCUUGAACUUCUGGUCACUAGCAUCCCGGUGAAUUUACGACAAAGAACUGGAAGGAAAAUGCAAAAGCAAUUUGGAAGAGUACUGUCCGAAGUACACGCUUUUUCAAAAUGCCCUCAAAUCGAAAGGUUGGUUGUAAUUUUGUGUAUAGUUUGUGUUUCUUUCAACAAUACAAAGAUUCCUGGUAGUGAAAUGUGGGUGGGUAAAAAUAUCCUUUCAACCUGAAAUAUUGAAUUGAUUGGAUAAUUUUGGCUUAGUUGGAAAUAUAUUUUUGGCUUGGAGGCAAAUAUUGUACUCACAUACACGUGAUGUUUCAA